AUGCGCCCUGUCUAUACCUUCCUGCCUGCGGUCGCCGCUAUCGGCGCCGCCACCCCGCAGCCCUCUGAUUCGUGGGUUUUCGGGAACAGUAUGUUCUCUCUUGGACCUCCUUCUGGAAACUCGCGUAUUAUCAAGGCCACAUAUUCUAUCUUGCCCCCGUCAGUUCCAUUGAGGUCAACUGUGUCCAACAAAAAAGACGAAAUUUGGGCCUCUGUUUGGGUCGGGGCCUCCUCAACCGCUGGUGACCACAAUGCCAACUUGUAUCAGCCUUUGUUCAACUGGUCCCCUGAUCAAGAGUCGCAGUACGUGAAAAUGAAGCGCAAGAACAACACAGAGAUGGCUCUUACUGAAAAGAUUUCCCAAUAUAGAGGUGGCCAAGUUGGACAGACCUAUGUGGUGGUUCCACAGAACACCGCUAUUGACUUUGAGAUUGCCGUCGUGAAUGGUAAGGUCGUCCAGACUGUCACCAUGGAAGGCAAGGUUAUCUCGAAGCAAAGCGACAGCUGCGGUACAAUCGCUGGCUACGAUAUCACCAACCUCACAGGUACGCUGAGUGAGGCCGACACGAAGUUUGCCAAUGUCAUGAAACUCGAUAACGUUACUGAAUCUACGUUCAUGUCCACUGAUAGUGGUAUUACCUGGCACACCGACAGAAUUACAACCUCCAGAAUUGACUUUGACUCUUCGUCGGAUACUAUGGUCAAUUAG